AUGGGUGGCUCCAAGUGCUUUCGUUCGAAUUCAAAUGCAACGGCUCAAUCGUCUUCCCUUCAAACCUUUUCUCUUCCGUCUCCAAUCCCUCAAUGGCCUCAAGGACAAGGUUUUGCUUCCGGCCUUGUAAAUCUUGGUGAAAUACAGGUUUCCAAGGUGACUAGGUUUGAGUUUAUUUGGAGUAGCAGUGAUAUGGUAGAUACUAAAAAAGGUCUUACAUUCUAUAGGCCUGUGGGAGUACCUGAUAGUUUUCAGAUUCUUGGUCACUAUUGUCAACCCAAUGACAAGCCUCUAAGGGGUUUUGUACUUGUUGCUAGGAAAGUUGAAACUGCUGAUAUUGACAAUCAAGAUAAGUUACCUCCUCUGAAGAAUCCCCUUGAUUUUAAGUUGGUUUGGAAUGAAAAUGCAGGAAGUAUGGAAAUUUCAGGUGUAUACUUCUGGCUACCUGAACCUCCUGAAGGGUACAAGGCCCUUGGCUAUUUGGUUACUACCAAACCUGGCAAACCUUUAUUGAAUGAAAUGUGGUGUGUUCGUACAGACCUCACUUAUAAAUGUGAACCUUACCGCCAAAUACUCACUGUUGGCUCUAGAAUUCCGGAGUUUUCAUUUCAGGUAUGGAGUUUGAGACCUUGUGACCGUGGCAUGGUAGGGAAAGGAGUUUGUGUUGGGACCUUUUUCUGCAGCAGUGGCUGGACAAUGAGAGAAGAGGUACCUGUUGCAUGCUUGAAGAACCAAAAUCCUGCAUCACAAGCAAUGCCAAAUUUGCAACAAAUACACGCACUUAUCAAGCAUUAUGGCCCUACUAUUUUCUUUCAUCCUCAGGAAAUUUACUUACCAUCUUCUGUGGAAUGGUUUUUCAGCAAUGGAGCAUUGUUGUACACAAAGGGUGUAUCGGAAGGAGAGCGAAUUGAUGCAUGUGGCUCAAGUCUACCAUGUGGGGGAACAAAUGAUGGCCAGUUUUGGAUAGACUUGCCAACAGAUGAUAAAAAGGAUUUUGUGAAACGUGGGGACUUGAAGAGUGCAAAGCUUUAUGUUCAUGUGAAGCCAGCUGUUGGAGGAACUUUUACUGACAUUGCAAUGUGGGUGUUUUGCCCUUUCAAUGGACCAGCCACUCUGAAAAUUGGAAUUAAGGAUAUUCCUUUGAGCAAGAUUGGAGAGCAUGUUGGUGACUGGGAGCAUUUUACACUUCGCAUAAGCAACUUCAGUGGAGAGCUGUAUAGCAUAUACUUCUCACAGCACAGUGGUGGUGAAUGGGUGGAUCCCUGUGACUUGGAAUAUAUUGAAGGCAAUAAAGCUAUUGUUUACUCAUCAAAAUGUGGACAUGCAAGUUACCCUCAUCCUGGGACCUAUAUCCAAGGUUCUUCAAAACUUGGGAUUGGCAUUAGGAAUGAUGCUGCUCGCAGUAAUUGGUAUGUGGAUUCUAGUAUUCACUAUGAGCUUGUUGCAGCUGAGUAUCUUGAAAAAGAUGUCACUGAGCCUCAAUGGUUGCAGUUUAUGAGAGAAUGGGGCCCCAAAAUUGUUUAUGAUUCAAAGACUGAGUUGGAUAAGGUAAUCAAUGCUCUUCCUGGCAUUCUUAAAUAUCCUGUGAAGAACUUAUUUAACAAGUUCCCGGUUGAACUUUAUGGUGAGGAAGGUCCCACUGGGCCAAAAGAAAAAAAUAAUUGGAUAGAGGAUGAAAGAUGGUGA